AUGCCGGACAACGACGCGAGAGGUAGAAGGGUAAAGUCACUUUGGAUGUGGGGACUUACCAUCGUGGCUAACAUCGCAGUUACCGGACCGAGUGAAAAUACCACAUAUCCCAGUGCUGCCACCAUUCAGACCACACCGGCAGCACCCAAGUGUCCAGACGGUUGGAUCGAGCAGAAUGAGAGGUGUUAUAGUCUGUCAAUAAACGAUUCCUUAUCGUGGCCCGAGGCAAGACUAGCUUGCCAGCAAACACCAGGAGGAGACCUAUUAGUUUAUAAUAGUACAGAAGAAAAGAGUUACAUCACGAAGCUGAUUGAAUGUCCACCAAUUGACGGUGAACCGUCCUAUGAAAAGCCUACCAACCUGUGGAUUGGUUUGUACAGAGGCUGCGCAGAAGAUCCUAAGAUAUUUCAGUGGGUUGGCGGUGUGGAUCUCUCGGACGAGUUGAAGAACUGGGAGGAAGGACAGCCAGAUAACUUUUUCAAAGCACCACCUGAGCCAUCACCGACGCCCUCACCGUCGAGUACCAUGGAACUAUUCGCCUUAACAACCACAGUGCAGAUGUUAUCAACUUUUGUCGCUGUCGUUGAGUCAACCACCUUACCACAGCCGACUCCGACACCAACGUUCACAACCACACCAGCAACUAACACUUUGCUAACAUCCCAUAACACACAAAGCAUACCUACCAUGUCAUCCUCUACUAAUAUAUCGCCAAGUCAGUACCAUAACUUGCCCCAUACAACUCAAGAUACAACUACGCAAGUACCACAAACAACGUCUGAUGACGUAACAACAGAUGAUCCCAGAACAACCAAUCGUGAUGGCGGAUCAGUCACGACAGAAACUACGUCAUUGGCUCCUCCCAUAACCAGCGACCAAUCAGGUUUUAGUAACACCUCGCCCGUUAUGACUACGACUACACCGAUUAUGUGCCGAGCUGAGAUUCUAGACGCACUGGAGUGGGCAGAGACGAUAGAGGGCGUACACGCCGUUCAAGCGUGCCCAGAAAAUCCUUUUGCUGUCGUCACACGAGCUUGUGUAUUGAUUUCCACAACGUCUGCAACAUGGAGGCAACCUGACUUCAGAGAUUGUCAAGUUCCAACAACUGGAGACCUUCUAGAAAGGUUGACAUACAUGUACAACUCGCCUACUGUUGAGCCCGGUGACGUCAUCAAAGCCAGCUACCAGCUAUCGCAGAUGUUGGCGCCCCCUACGUCCGACGAUGGAAGCGCACAGAGGAAUCCUGCUGAUGAAUAUUCAUUACUGGUCGAGUCGUUGGAGAUGUUGGUUGCUUUACCAAGUAGACUCACUGAAUGCAGGCCUAGUGAUCUUAACAAGUUCGCUAACUCCAUCCUACAGGCAGUUGACAACAUGCUACAUCCAGAUAACCUUGCCAUAUGGAUUGGCAGUCCACAGGUAUCUGCUGAUACUGUGCGCGUGAUGGAUGCAGUCGAAAGCUUCGCCGCACAAACAGCCACCGCAAACUGUAACCUCAUUCUGACACCAGAUGACGUCACAGUUCCGUCAUUCGAAGGGAAAUACGACAAUGUCGUCUUUAGGAAGUCAGUGGAGACAACGGCCCGUUUUGAGGGUUUGGCCUACACCGCCUCGUCACCUCGAGCAUCCAUUGUGCUACCUCCUGAAAUAUUCGAUGACGUCACUGAUACGCAAGUGACACUUCUGGUCGUGUUUUACCCAAGUAUUGGACCACUGCUGGAUGAUGUAACGCAACCUGCGGCCGCAACCAACCAAAAGGUGAUGUCAUCUAUUGUGACGUCGACAGCCAUCCACCAAUCAAAUGAUGUGUUUCAGAAACUAGCCACUCCACUUUGCAUAAACUUCACCAAGACUGUUGCAACAUUUGACAACGAAGAAAACUGUGUUUAUCUUGGCCGUUCCGAAAGCGGCAAAAGCGAAUGGUUAACCGACGGCUGUUGGGUGAAUGAAAGAAAGAAUGGGUCGCUCCACUGCUGUUGCAAUCACAUGACGUCUUUUGCUAUCGUUGGCGCAACUGAGGUUAUACAGCAAUAUCAACUUCUUCUUCUGACCUACGUCUUAUGUUCAGCAUCCUGUUUCAUCAUCUUGUUAUCAACACUUAUCCUCUUCUCAAUAAGGUACCACACUAUAAGUCCGAUUCCCUGUCUCAAUACAACGACAACGACAUUAUACUUUGUAAAGAGACAGACUACUUGUUUCCCUUUAGCCUAAUUUUAGAUGUCAUUUGGAUGCAAUGGAAGGAAAGCAGGAUUAACUCACUAUAAUAUUUAAGUUUCACCAUUUGUUUCCCUUGUUGAAGCGCCACAGGAAAAUGUCAAAUACUGUCUGAAGUUAUGUGAGCAAGUCAGCUUACUCUAUAGUUGGAAUUACAAAGUUUGAUUUAUGUAUACAAUGUGCAUAUUUUUUUAAUUUUUCCAAAAGGCAUUUGAACUCAGCAGCAUUGACAAUUCACGCAUCUUUAGCUCUCUCUAUUAUACUGAGUUUUGUCGUGGUGAUGGCUGGUCUAGAAAGAACAACCAAUCAGGUAACUGGUUAGAUUAAUAACAACCAAUCAGAUUCAUUAUAAUUCCUGUCCAGAAAGAACAACCAAUCAGGUUGGUUCUGUGUAGAAGGAACAACCAAUCAGGUUGGUUCUGUGUAGAA